GCCGACGCAUGCGCAGUCCAGGGGAGGUGAGCAUCAGCAGUUAGCUUGUCGGCUCGGUCCACUCCGGCGUCUUCUCUCUCCCGACACUUGUCAACAACUUCCACCUUUUCUUUUCCCCUCACAACGAGCGGAAUUCAUUCGACGGAGGCUUGAGAGGGAAUAUGCCCAAGAAUAAAGGUAAGGGAGGAAAGAAUCGGCGGCGUGGAAAGAACGAAAAUGAGUCUGAGAAGAGAGAGCUGGUGUUCAAAGAGGACGGACAGGAAUACGCUCAGGUGAUCAAAAUGUUGGGGAACGGUCGUCUGGAGGCCAUGUGCUUUGACGGCACCAAGCGGCUCUGCCACAUCCGAGGAAAACUCCGGAAAAAGGUUUGGAUCAACACGUCCGACAUCAUCCUGGUGGGGCUGAGGGAUUACCAGGACAACAAGGCCGACGUCAUCCUCAAGUACAACGCAGACGAGGCUCGCAGUCUCAAAGCGUACGGCGAGCUGCCAGAGCACGCCAAGAUCAACGAGACAGACACUUUCGGUCCCGGAGACGACGAGGACAUCCAGUUUGACGACAUUGGCGACGACGACGAGGACAUUGAUGACAUCUAAAGACUGGCCACCGGGGGGCGAUGGUGGCAUUUUACUAGAGCUGGGAUUUCCUGACCCACACAGCGCCGCUCACUAUUUUUUAUCAGGACCAUCCUAUGGGUGUGUUCAUUUUCACGACCCAUUUCCAUCAGUAGACAUCUUUUGUUUUUUGGGAGGACUUUGAGUUUGUUAGCAUAAACCAAGGUGAGGUCAGAGCUGACGGCCUCACAGCUGGGAUGAGGACUCGGACGAUGUUCAUCACCAGCAUCUUGGAGGCGGUGUUUAUAAAAAUUUAAAAAAAAUCUAUCAUUUUUGUUCCAACAGAAAGGACAUUAAUGUUCACCAAUUAUUAUCUUCUGUGUUUGUUGGGAGGAGGCCAGCAUGUGACGGCAACACAUCGCAUCCAAUACAUCUUUUAAAAAAAUGUAUUUAUAUUGAUUUCACAACAUGUGGAAUUUGAGAAGAACUGCAGAAUCUCUGGAUUCGCCAAUAAAGAUAUAAACCAUU